UUUUAAGUGACUCAAAUAAAUUGCUUCCAGAUAUCGCAUGAUCUCUGUUUAUUUUUCAUCGAGUUUCACGAAGAAAUUCAAGGGACUAUUUCGUGCAAGCGUAGAGAGAAAAGUGUCCGUAGUGCGCAGACGGUCUGACGCACGGUGAUUGUUGUGACAGAAGUAUAGAAGAGGUAUUGUGUCGCCGUCUUUCCAGUUCGGAAUCAGCAAAAUCCGUGUGAAAUCGAUAGACAAAACAUCCACCCAGGGGCAGGAACAGUAAACGGUCUCGUUGAAUUGCACUAUUUGUGCAAUUUGGAGAAAGAAAAAUGAAGUUUCGUUAUAAAGAGGAACACCCUUUUGAAAGGAGGAAGGCUGAGGGUGAAAAAAUUCGACGAAAAUAUCCCGACAGGGUUCCUGUAAUUGUUGAGAAAGCACCAAAGGCUAAAAUUAGUGAUUUGGACAAGCAAAAGUACCUAGUACCAUCUGACUUAACUGUUGGACAAUUUUAUUUUUUAAUCCGUAAACGAAUUCAUCUUCGUCCAGAGGAUGCUCUAUUCUUCUUUGUUAACAACAUCAUUCCACCUACAAGCGCUACCAUGGGUUCCCUCUAUGCGGAACACCACGAGGAAGAUUUCUUCCUUUACAUGGCAUACAGUGAUGAGAACGUAUAUGGACACUAAAUCACCAAACAGGAGACAUUAAAACAAAAAAUUCAGGCAACAAAAAUUUGCCAUCUGUGACGUAGUCCUUUUAGAUGCUUUCGGAAGUAUUAACAAAAUUAUAUCUUUCAAUCUUUUAAGUGAAACAUUAAGUCUUAGCACCGCACACUAAAUUAAGUUUGCUUCCUUAAGAUAAAUUGGACAUGUUCGUCUGCCAACUAUACAAAUAUAAUUUCUUUUUUAAUUACAUCACUCACCGCCGAUUGAGGAAGCUUAGGGUAAUAAAAUAUAAGAAGGAUUAAUCAGAGCUAUAUUAUGUGAUCUUGUAUCAUGUCUAGCCUAAUAUUAUAAAUUUGAAAAACUGUUUAAACAAAAAUGUUCUUUAUAUUACAAAGAAUAACUAAUAAAUUCGCGAUUCUAUGUAGACAUUUCAUGUGAUAUCGUUUUCUCUUAGUUAGGCUAGUAUUAUAUUCUAUUCACAUGAUUUGAUGUUAUUCAAUCACAAAGAAAUAAAAUGAAUUUGCCAAAUAUUUGGUGAGGUGAAAAUUUUUUGUAACGGCUGGGUGUGGGCCAAUAAAAAAA